AGUGGACAGGCGGCAGGCAGCAGGCAAGGCAGCGGGCAGCGGGCUGCAGGCAUCUGCCGAUACAACGUCUCAACCACGGGUCCUGCACGCGUUCUGGACGCACACAGCUUGGGCAACCGUGCGCACCGCUUGGGAGUGUCGUAGAUGAAAAAGCCAGGCUCCCAGUUUGCAGUCCAGCCGCAGAACAGUCUCGCGUCGCGCGACAAAGCAGCCGACUCUGAACGAAAAGAGGAACGAAUUGAAACAAAGCCGCGCAAAUCGCGAGCUGAUCUGAGACAGAGUUUCUACGACCUGGUCCAGGCCACUACCAUCAGUUAUUCAAAGUCGGUUGCCGCGAAAGCCCCAGAAGCUCCCAAAGCCCCUCAAGUCCGACCGGCACGCCGCCCGGUGUCAGACACCAUGGCCCGCCUACGCAAGGAAUCAUUCAGCGAUGACGACCUCGAGAUCCUCAGCUCCCAGGCGGCCAACCUGUCCCUUGGCCCCGCCGCCCAGACGCCGUCGAGGCCAGAUGGCAGGCCAAACGGCGACGUGGUCGACUUGACAGACAGCCCGAUUCCCGUCAUCAGAACCCCCGCCGCCGCCACGCCGAAACCCAGCUUUGGCCACCCGACAAAGCUGGCCGCGCGAUUCGGCCCGCGUAAAGACGAUACCAACUCCAUGUUCAUUCAGCGCAAGACCCGGCCCGAGUUCCACAGCGAUAUGUAUAGGAGUUCAGGUCCGUUGAAACCCAAGGCCGAGUCCAGGAAAGCGCCAGCAUUGCCCAUGUUUAGCUCGCUCAGCGAGGACGCCCAGCCAGCCUACCAAUACAGCCAGCCGUCGGGAUCGGCAUACGGGGAUACGGUGUUCUACACGGAUCCUGCCAAGGCAUCGGCGGAUUUGAAAGCCUUGCUCGAGGGCAGUAUGGAGGAUGACGAAGAGGAGGAAAAAGACGGGGACGGCAAGGACAAACCUGGGGGUGGCGAAUCAAAAGCCGAGACGAUCGAGGAUGGCACCCUGGAAGGCAUCAAAGUUAAGCUUCUGCCACACCAAGUCGAGGGAGUAAAAUGGAUGCGGGGCCGCGAGGUCAGUACCCACAAGAGAGGGAAAGUCACCAAGGGUGGCAUCUUGGCCGAUGACAUGGGUCUCGGAAAGACGCUGCAGAGCAUCUCGCUGAUCGUCAGCAAUCCGAUGCCUGGUCCGGAAGACGAAGGGUGGAAGAAGCACUUCGACCAAGUCACGAACGCGACGCUGGUGGUGGCACCGCUGGCGCUCAUCCGCCAAUGGGAGACCGAGAUCAAGGAGAAGGUGGCUAAGAGUCAUGAGCUGAAGGUUUGCGUCCAUCACGGUCCCCAACGGACCAAGGAUCCCAAGGUCCUCGCCAAGCACGAUGUGGUCAUCACCACCUAUCAGACAUUGGUAUCCGAGCAUGGAAACAGCAAUCCGGACCCCACAAAUGCACCCCAGGCGGGCUGUUUCGGCAUCCACUGGUUCCGUGUCAUCCUGGACGAGGCCCAUACCAUCAAGAACCGCAACACCAAGAGCACCAAGGCCUGCUGCGCUCUCCGCGCCGAGUACCGCUGGUGUCUUACCGGCACGCCGAUGCAAAACAAUCUCGAUGAGCUCCAGUCUCUCGUCCAUUUCCUCCGGAUACCGCCGUACGAUGACCUAGCUGAGUGGCGGGCGAACAUAGACGGCCCGAUGAAGAGCGGCAAGGGCCACAUCGCCAUCCGGCGGCUUCACACUCUCCUCCGCUGCUUCAUGAAGCGGCGGACCAAGGACAUCCUCAAGGAAGAAGGCGCCUUGGUGGCCGGCGGCAAAAAGGCACUGGCCGCGGCCGCCGCGAAGGCCAAGGCGGAGGGUCGCGAAGAGACCGAGGCACCGACCCCCGCGUUCAAGGUCACCCAGCGCAAGGUCGUCACCGUGGAGACGCAGUUCUCGCCCGCCGAGCGCAAGUUCUACGACGAGCUCGAGGCGCGCGCCGACCGGAGUCUCGAGAAGAUGAUGAAGAAGAGCAAGGUCAACUACGCCAACGCCCUCGUGUUGCUCCUGCGGCUGCGCCAGGCGUGCAACCACCCGCGGCUGUCCGAGGCGAAGCUCGACAAGGACAGGGACGCCCUGGCGGCGGACACAGCUGUGCAGCCCAAGGCAAGCGCGGCAGACGACUUGGAUGACCUGGCCGAUGCCUUUGGAGGCAUGGGCAUCCAGACGAAGCAAUGUGAGAUGUGCCUCAACGAUCUGACUAAGGCGGAGGUGGCUGCCGGGCAUGUAAGGUGCACCGCGUGUAUCGAGAGCUUGGAGAAAGUAUACAACGAUAGCACGGACCGGAAGAAGUCGAAAAGCAAGGGGAAGAGAGUGAGCGUCGUGGAAGAAGAGAUCAAGAUUGUAAAGAUGGACAAGCGGAAACCCCGAGGUCGCAAGAUCAUUACGGAUAGUGAUGACGAGGAGGAAGAAGAGGCGCAGGGCAGCUGGCUGGUCCCCGAGGACGAACGCGGGCCUCUGCGUCUUGGCAAGGCUGGCGGCGAGGAAGACGAGAACGCGGAAGGCGAGGGAGAAGACAUCGCUUCUGAGGAUUCGGAGCGCUCGUCUGACGAAGAGGAGGAUGGAAGCCAGCUCGACAGCUUCAUCGUCAAGGACGAAGACGUGCCGGAAGAGGACCAGCCCGAGCUAGACCCCGACGCCGACUCGGACGACGAGACGUUUGUGUCAGUGUCUAAGCUCCGCUCGCAAGUCGUCUCCGAGCCGGCGGCCGCCAGCGAUGCAGAUUCCUCGGGCGAGGACGAAGAUGACAGCAUCUCCGAGUCCGAACUGCUCUCGAGUCUCGACUCCGACUCAGAAGAUGAUGAUGACUUGCCCGUCAAGCGCCACAACGGCCGCGGGACAGCCAAGUCUUCAUCAAGAAAUAAGCGCGCUAGGGCCAGCACGGGCGGAAGCACCAGCAUCGUGGCCUCGGCCAAAAUCCGCGAACUCCUGUCCAUCCUGCGCAAGGAAGCCGCGGAGCACAAGUUCAUCGUCUUCUCGCAGUUCACCUCGAUGCUAGACCUGAUCGAGCCCUUCCUGCGGGCGCAGCCGGGCCUCAAGGCGGUGCGGUACGACGGCAAGAUGGCGGCGGACGCGCGCGAGGCGGCGCUGCGCGCGCUGCGCGGCGACCCGCACACGCGCGUGCUGCUCUGCUCGCUCAAGUGCGGCUCGCUGGGGCUCAACCUGACGGCGGCCACGCGCGUCGUCAUCGUCGAGCCCUUCUGGAACCCCUUCGUCGAGGAGCAGGCCAUCGACCGGGUCCACCGGCUGACCCAGACGGUCGACGUCGUCGUCUACAAGCUCACCGUCGCCAACACCGUCGAGGCCCGCAUCCUCGAGCUGCAGGACAAGAAGCGCAAGCUCGCCGACGCCGCCAUCGAGGCCGGCACCGCCCGCCGCAGGGGCAAGGACCAGCUCAAGCUCGGCCUGCAGGAGAUCUUGGAGCUGUUCAAGCACGACGCGCGCACCGACGGCGGUGCCGGCGGGCGCGCCGUGUAUGACGAUCCGUAUGGCUUGGCUCAGAAUUCGGUGGUCGUGGGCGAUGUCGGGGCCAUGGCCGCGAUGGCCAGGCGCGGGACGGGGCGGCAGAGGAAGGAGCAUGAGGUGUACGGGCGGCGCUGGUGAGUUGUCUGUCCUGUUCGGAUGGGGUUACCUGCUGGGUGAUUGUGAGUUUGUCUGUUUGUUUGUUUUGGCUUGGAGGAGGGUAAAGGAAAGGGUUGGGAUUAUGGGACUCGGUGGAACUUAAUGGGGUUUGGGUUGCUAGGGUUGGGCAACGAUUCGGCAUUUCCUUGUUGUCUGGGUACCUAUGAUGUCUUGAUGAGAACCCGCUAUCUAUACACGCGGUGUGUUUACUACGCUGUGCCAGCCUCACCGAGUACUGUGGAUGUGAAACCGUAUCGGCCAGAAAACUGGCGCUGACCGUACUCCUGCCAUUAAGCCACGCGGGCUUCUGGCGGGAG